GGCCUUUGGCUGGGCAGCUGUCACACUGCUUCUGCAGAUGGCAGGCCCAGCAUUUGCCAUGAGGACUCCUUAUGAGACAUCUAGGGUGUUUGAGGACCUGAGCGCCCAGGAGAUAAAGGCGGUGCACAGCUUCCUGAUGAACAGGAAGGAGCUGGGGCUGCAGCUGGCCAAGAAAUUGACUUUGGCCAAGAACUCCGUGUUUCUCAUUGAGAUGCUGCUUCCCAAGAAAAAGCACGUGCUGAAAUUUCUAGAUGACGGAAGCAAAAGCCCCAUCCGGGAAGCCAGAGCCAUCAUCUUCUUCGGCGCCCAAGAACACCCCAAUGUCACUGAGUAUGCAGUGGGGCCACUACCGCUGCCCUCUUACAUUCGAACCCUCUCACCCAGGCCAGGGCACCAUCUGUCCUGGUCGUCCAGACCCAUCUCCACGGCGGAGUAUGACCUCUUGUACCGCACGCUGAAGACAGCCACCAAGCCCCUGCACCAGUUUUUCCUUGAUACCACCGGCUUCUCGUUCCUGGGCUGUGAUACCCGGUGCUUGACUUUUACUGAUGUGGCCCCUCGUGGUGUAGAGUCUGGUCAGCGAAGAAGCUGGCUUAUCAUGCAGCGCGACGUGGAAGGCUACUUCCUACACCCAACAGGGCUGGAGAUCCUAGUGGAUCAUGGGAACAUGGAUGCCCAGGACUGGCGAGUGGAGCAGCUUUGGUACAACGGCAAGUUCUACAACAGCCCGGAGGAACUGGCACGGAAAUAUGCAAACGGAGAAGUGGACGCAGUGGUCCUCGAGGACCCGCUGCCUGAAGGGGCAGAGCAGCCUCCACUCUUCUCUUCCUACAAACCCCGGGGGGAAUUCUCCACCCCCAUCACUACUUCCGGCCCCCACGUUGUCCAGCCCAGUGGACCCCGGUACAAGCUGGAGGGCAACACUGUGCUCUACGGAGGCUGGCGCUUCUCUUACCGACUGAGAUCCUCUUCUGGGCUGCAGAUCUUUAAUGUGCUCUUUGGAGGUGAGCGCGUUGCCUACGAGGUCAGCGUGCAGGAGGCUGUGGCACUCUACGGAGGACACACACCUGCGGGCAUGCAGACUAAGUAUAUUGAUGUUGGCUGGGGCCUGGGUAGCGUCACUCACGAGCUGGCUCCUGGCAUCGACUGCCCAGAGACUGCUACUUUCCUGGAUGCCUUCCACUAUUACGACAGUGAUGGCCCUGUCCGUUAUCCACAUGCUCUCUGCCUCUUUGAGAUGCCCACAGGGGUGCCGCUUAGGCGUCACUUUAACUCAAACUUUAAAGGUGGCUUCAACUUCUAUGGGGGUUUGAAGGGGUAUGUGCUGGUGCUACGGACAACGUCAACCGUCUACAAUUAUGAUUACAUCUGGGAUUUCAUCUUCUACUCUAACGGUGUGAUGGAGAGCAAGAUGUAUGCCACUGGUUAUGUCCAUGCGACCUUCUACACCCCUGAGGGGCUGCGCCGUGGCACUCGCCUACAAACCCAUCUGCUUGGCAACAUCCACACCCACCUAGUGCACUACCGUGUUGACCUGGAUGUGGCAGGCACCAAGAACAGCUUCAUGACACUGAAGACAAAGCUGGAAAACAUCACGAAUCCCUGGAGCCCAGCUCACUCCCUCAUCCAGCCCACCCUCGAGCAGACCCAGUACUCCUGGGAGCACCAGGCUGCAUUCCGCUUUGGACAGACUCUUCCCAAGUACCUGCUCUUUAGCAGCCCCCAAAAGAACCGUUGGGGCCACAGGCGCAGCUACCGCCUGCAGAUCCACUCUAUGGCUGAGCAGGUGCUGCCACCAGGCUGGCAGGAGGAGCGGGCUGUCACUUGGGCCAGGAAGGGACUUGAAGGCAGCCCCGGUGCUCAGGGACACCCAACUGCUCCUCUCUGCAGGUACCCCCUGGCUGUGACGAAGUAUCGGGAAUCUGAGCGUUACAGCAGCAGCCUCUACAACCAGAACGACCCCUGGGAUCCGCCUGUGGUCUUCGAGGAGUUCCUUCGGAACAACGAGAACAUUGACGAGGAGGAUCUGGUGGCCUGGGUGACAGUGGGCUUCCUGCACAUCCCCCACUCAGAGGAUGUUCCCAACACAGCCACCCCUGGGAACUCUGUGGGCUUCCUGAUCCGGCCUUUCAACUUCUUCUCAGAGGACCCAUCCCUGGCAUCUAGAGACACUGUGGUAGUGUGGCCCCAGGACAAAGGCCGCAACCAAGUCCAGCGCUGGAUCCCCGAAGACAGGCACUGUUUGACAUCUCCUCCUUUCAGCUACAAUGGAACCUACAAGCUUGUGUGA